AUGUCGGUCUCAGAGGAUCCAAAGAUCCUCGCCGACGCCCUCAAUGUCGUCAAAGUACAGACUGUACAGCUCCGGCGGUGUCUCGAGGCAGAGGAGAUCAUGGAGGCUCUCAAGGCCGCAUCAACCAUGUUGUCCGAGCUUCGCACCUCGUCCCUCUCGCCGAAACAGUACUAUGAGCUGUACAUGGCUGUCUUUGACAGCCUCCGAUACCUCAGCACGUACCUGUACGAAGCGCACGUCGACGGACGGCAUCAUCUGGCCGACCUCUACGAGCUUGUCCAGUACGCCGGUAACAUUGUACCCCGCCUGUACCUCAUGAUUACGGUCGGGUCGGUGUACAUGUCCAUUCCGGACGCACCAGUGCGCGAGAUCAUGAAGGACAUGCUCGAGAUGUCCCGUGGCGUGCAGCAUCCGACACGAGGCCUGUUCCUCCGCCACUACCUCUCGGGCCAGACGCGUGAUUUCCUCCCUGUCGGAAGCGAGGACGGACCUUUGGGCAACCUGCAGGACUCGAUCGGUUUCGUGCUUACCAACUUCAUCGAGAUGAACAAGCUGUGGGUGCGGCUGCAGCACCAGGGCCAUUCGCGUGAGCGCGAGAAGCGCGAAAUGGAGCGGCGCGACCUGCGCAUUCUUGUUGGCACCAACCUCGUGCGCCUCUCGCAGCUCGAGGGAGUGGAGGUCGAGAUGUACCAGAAGAUGAUCCUGCCAGCGGUCCUCGAGCAAGUUGUCAACUGCAAGGAUGUCAUCGCGCAGGAGUACCUCAUGGAGGUAGUUAUACAGGUAUUCACAGACGAGUUCCACCUGCACACGCUUCCACAGUUCCUCGGCGCAACAGCGCAGUUGCACCCCCGCGUCAACGUCAAGCAGAUUGUCAUCGCUCUCAUCGACAGAUUGGCUGCGUUUGCCGCGCGUGAGGCAGAGAAUGAGGAUCCCGACGAGAAGAAGCGAGGAGAAGAGGAGGCUGCCCGUCGCUUAGCGGACAAGGUCAAGGGCAUGCGCAUCAAGGGCUCACCACCAACAUCGCCCACGGAGGCAAAGUUACCCUCGCCUCGGCCGGCCGAGGCGGACGAGUGGGCUAACACGUCGGUCGCGGACGGUGCAGAAACGGAAGGCCAGGGGAGCGAAGGAGAGAACAAGGAGACGGUGGACGAGUCCAAGGAGAACGGUGGCGCCGAGGGAGAGAAGAAUGAGGAGGAGACUGCCGAGCCAGAGAAGCCUGCGCCGCACAAGUUGAGGACAUUCCGCGGCAUCCCCGAGGACGCACACCUGUUCGAGGUGUUCUGGCAACAGAUCGUGGAGCUGAUUAAGGCUCGCCCAGAUCUGUCCGUCCAGGACAUCACCGCGUUGUUCGUGUCGCUCGCCAACCUCUCUCUCAGCUGUUAUCCAGACCGGCUCGAGUACAUUGACCAGAUCCUGUCGUACGCGACGACGAAGGUCCACGACUACCAGAACUCGCCCGACCUCCAUGCCCCGCAGACAACUGCCAACCUUUUAGCACUUCUUCUCGCCCCGAUCCUUUCUUACCUCUCUGUCCUCACCCUGCUCGCCAUACCCAGCUACAUCCCCCUGCUUUCUGUGCAGCCUUACACGACCCGCGCGUCCAUUGGCCAGGCAGUCGUGUCCAGUGUUCUCAAGAAUGACACUCUCAUUGAGACAACCUCUGACGUCGAAGGAGUCCUCGGCCUCUGUGCCGUGCUCGUGCGCGACCAGAAGGACUCGGCUAGCGGAGCACCCCGUCACGCCCGUCAACCGAUUGACCUGCGCGAGAUGGCUGAGGAGCAGGGCUGGGUUGCACGUAUGGUGCACCUGUUCCGCUCCGAAGAUCUGCACGUCCAGUUUGACCUGUUACAGACGGCCAACAAGCUGUUAGCCGAGGGCGGCGAACGGAUCCGCUGGACCUUCCCGCCCCUUAUUGCAAGCAGCAUCCAGCUUGCACGGAGAUUCAAGACGCGACAGCCGGACGAGAAGGACUGGGAGCAGCGCGUCACAUCGCUGUUCAAGUUUAUUCACCGCCUCAUCUCGAUCUUGUAUACGAAGGUCGAGGCACCAGAGACUUGCCUCCAACUUUUCCUCUUGGCAGGACAGGUUGCCGACGACUGCGGCCUCGAGGAGCUGGCAUACGAGUUCUUCGUGCAGGCGUUCGUCAUCUACGAGGAGAGCAUCUCCGAGUCGCGGGCACAGCUCCAGGCCAUCACUGGGAUCAUCUCGGCGCUGCAGAGCUCUCGCGUCUUCGGGCCGGAUAACUACGAUACGCUCAUUACCAAGGCGGCGCUUCACGGGUCCAAGUUGCUCAAGAAGAGCCACCAGGCGACGGCUGUGCUGUACGCGUCGCACAUGUGGUGGCAGACAGAUGAGCCUGGGCGGGAGCGGCACGAGGUCAACAAGCCACUGCGCGACGGCAAGCGUGUGCUCGAAUGUCUGCAGAAGAGUCUGCGCAUCGCUACGGGCUGCAUUGACGAGCUCACCAGUGUGCAGCUGUACGUCGACGCGCUCGACCGCUACAUCUACUACUUUGAGCAGGGUGUCGAGGCCGUCACACCAAAGUACAUCAACUCUCUCGUCGAACUCAUCACUUCCAACAUUGACGCGGUGCACUCCACGGACGUGCACCCCGCCUCGGCGAGCCCACCUGGUCUCAUCGACGGCAUCAACACGCCCGACAUGAUUGUUAAGCACUUUACCAACACGCUCCGGUGCAUCCGUAACAAGCAGACGUUGCAUGCCCAGCGGCGCGAGCCCGAGGACGAGGAAGACGGCGAGGAGCGCCCGCUUGUCGUUGACUGGAGCGCGGUGGAUGUUGUCGGCGGCUGCCUGAAGAUGGGCAUCGCGUAG